AUGGCUGACGACGAUUCUUCGGAUUUGUCUUCGCUGUCUUCGUUGUCGCCAGUUCCUUCCGACGUCGAAUCCGAAGCUGAGCCUGAACCUGCGACCAAGGGUGACAUUCGGAAGUUCUUCCCCAAGCUUGCCAAAGGCAAGAAAGCCACCGUCGCGACCAAAGAGCCCUCGCCGCCGCCUCGCAAGCGAUCGCCAUCGCCGCCACACGAGAAUGCCUUCAUUGACAAUCCAGACAUUGCUUUUCUGGUCAUGUUUCGCAGCCGAUUCAACGAUGCGUUCCCGAAAUCCUUGGCCAACUUUGGCCCGCAAGAGCUUGAACAAGACAUUAUUGGCAGCCCGCCUGGCGAAAGAGUCGAAGCUUUCCUGUGCGCGCUACUGUUCCUGCUCUUGAAUCGAAAGCAGGACGUCAAGGCCGGUCAAUACUCCAAAGCUCUGGACGACGCUCUUGCCGCCCACAAGUCCCAAUGGCCGCGAUCGUGGGAAGGUGUCAACCCACUGUCGGGUAGCAACACCUUUCACAGCAUCACACCCACCCAGAGACUGUCUCUUCUUCGCGCAUUUGCCUUGUGGUCUCUUUCAGCAUCUGAAACUGUCAAGACCAUCAUCAACAAAUCCUACAAAGGAAACCGCCACGAUGACGAUUUGAACCAGCCGCUCUCGGUCCAACCCUGGGGUUCAGACAGUGACAAGAGACGGUACUUUUUGAUCGAGGGCUUGGACGAUACUGCUUUCCGCGUCUAUCGGGAGAGUAACCCUGCCGGUUUCAACCGCACUUGGUGGUCAGUAGCUGGAUCAAUCGAUGAGCUCAGGGCCCUUUGCGAGAAAUUGGAGACCAAGGAUGGCGGCCCCAAGGCUAGGAAGCUUGCAGAUAAGAUGCUGGCGGCUAUUCCUCGCUUUGAGGGUACCGAGGAGAAACGACGUCGCAGAGAGUACCGACAGGCUCAGAAAGCCCGCUUCAAACGUCCUGAGCCUGGCUUCUCUUCCUACGAGGGUCGUACGAGAGGCAAGCGAAUCAAGUACACCUAUUCCGAUGACGAAGACUUCCUUACGGACUCGUCCAAUCGACGCUCGGCACGCAACACUGGAACGAGCACCCCUGCUGAACCAACCGGCCCAGUAACCACCGCCAGCGGACGUCAGAUCAGAGCCCCGCCACGAAUGAAUGGAAGCAGUGCAGCAGGUAGUGUCAACGGAGACUCAGAGGAUUCCCGCCAGCCCUCAGAACCGACGUCCGCGGUCAACCAUGGAACCAACGGAUGGUCAUCCAAGGGCACGCGGACUCAUGGACGCGACUCUAUGGAUGAAGACGAUGAUGACGGCAGCGAACCUGAUUUGGGUGACGACGAAGAAGAGGACCAUGUCCCAGAUGAGAGCGAGGAAGACGAUGACGAAUUAGACGAAGACGUGGACAUGGCAGAUGAAGACUUGGCCGAUGAACCUCGAAAGAGCUUGAUCGUGAAGCUUUCAGUCAAGAAGUCCCCAACCACGACGAAAACGGCCAUGAUGACUCCCGCCCCAGAGGAUGAGAAAGCCCCCACGAGAGACGACGAAAUGGUUGACGAGAUUGUCGCUAAACCCAGAGACAAGACCCCAGAGCCUGUCAUCAACGUUGCGACUACCAAACCGCCCUUGAGCCCGGCCGCUGUGCAGACCUCCUUGGCCUUUAGAGGAAGCCCGGACAAGCUGCAGACCAUGCUGCAACAAGUGGAUGUUGGUGUGCGCGAGUAG